AUGCCAUCUUUGGCGUUGGAUCCCCAAAGCCUUAAAGUCAUUAGUCUGAUUGUCUUGACUCUCCAAACUACUGCGCUGGUCCUUCUCAUGAGGUACACGCGUCUUCCAUCACCGACCAACUCCACCAGCGGCCUAUACCUCACUUCUACUGCGGUAUUCUGUGCCGAGGUGUGCAAAGUUGUGGUCUGUUUCUGUGUGAUUUUUGUACAGAAUGGCAGCUCCUUCAGUUCGACAUACGCCGAAUUGCAAAGUGAGCUCUUUUCUGCACCAAUGGAACUGGUCAAAUUGGGUGUCCCCGCAGGAUUAUACACCUUGCAGAACAAUCUGCUUUAUGUGGCCCUAUCUAACCUCGAUGCAGCCACGUAUCAGAUCACUUAUCAAUUGAAAAUUCUCACGACGGCUGUAUUUAUGGUAUUGAUGUUGCGUAAACGGAUUACAAUCUCUCAGUGGAUCGCUCUAUUUAUUCUCGUUAUAGGUGUUUCUUUUGUUCAGCUGGCGCCAUCUGCUAACAUAAAGACUAAAACUCCCAACACAUUGUCACAUCAUCAGAACACCCUACUCGGUCUCAUGGCAGUAAUUCUGGCAAGUCUUUCUAGCGGUUUUGCAGGAGUCUACUUUGAGAAACUCAUGAAGUUCACCGCACCCUCCAUUUGGAUUCGCAAUAUUCAGCUCGGUUUUUGGUGCUCUAUAUUGGCCUUUAUUGGUGUUUUUCUGGCGGACGGUGGUGUCGUAAGGCGGGACGGAUUCUUUCGUGGCUACAACUUAUGCGUGGUUAUUGUCAUUGCUCUGCAGUCUCUUGGUGGGCUUUGCGUCGCAGUGGUCAUUAAGUACGCGGACAACAUUCUCAAGGUCUUCGCCACGUCAAUUUCCAUCAUCUCCUCCUGCAUUGCAUCCUACUACCUCCUCAACGACUUUCAGCCCAACUGGUAUUUUGCGAUUGGAACAACAGCUGUCCUAAGCGCCACUGCUUUGUACAGUUUGGGCGAACGUACGAAGUCAUCGGAGUCAGAACUACCUGUUACUGUUAGCAAAGAUUGA